AUGAUUUCCUUUAUUCCAAAUACAAUUCAACGUAUCUAUUUAGUUCUUACACUUGAUCUAAAGAAAAGUCCAUCACGUUUACAAAUAGAAAUACUUUCCGGUCAAGGGACAUUCAUUAUGACAACUCUGCAAAGUUCAUUAUCGUUUUAUAUUUAUGCAACCAGCGGUGGAACACUCUUUCGACAUACAUUGCAAGAAUUAUUUAGACUUAAACUGUGGAAAAAAUAUUCUGUAAGACAGCAAAGACGUGCAAUAAAUUUUCAAACUUUUUUUGAUAAUAAUAUUUUGACUCGUUUUUCGAACUCAAAAGUAAAGUACGUUUAUAAGUAUGAGCUCGUUAUCAUAAGGAUGUCUGCACAAAGACUACAAACUAUUGGCCGACAUAUUCAAUUAAGUACACAAUAUAAAGCUGAACAACAGCCGGAAUAUCGUUUUACAUUAGAAAAUGGCAUUCUAACCAAAGAACAACGUGAUUUUUAUGAAAAAAAUGGCUUUAUUGUAAUUCGAAAUUUAGUAUCAUUGGAAGCACUUGAUCGUUUUCGAAAACGUUUUCAAGAUGUUUGUACAGGCAAAGUUGAUACGUUCGGUAUGACAAUCAUGAAAGAUGUAGCUAUUGCAAAAUCUGAAUUUGCCGACGGUGAAAAAGCUAUAACAAAAAUUCAAGAUUUUACGUUGGAUGAUGAAUUAUUUCAAUAUUGUUGUCUACCAGAAGUAGUUAAAUAUGUUGAGAAUUUUACUGGUCCAAAUGUGAUGGCAAUGCAUACGAUGUUAAUUAAUAAACCACCUGAUCCGGGUACUCAAACAUCACGUCAUCCACUCCAUCAAGAUUUAUAUUACUUUCCAUUUCGGCCAGCUGAUCGCAUUGUUUGUGCAUGGACAGCCAUGGAACAUAUACAUCGUGGAAAUGGAUGUCUGGUAGUUCUACCUGGCACACAUAAAGGUGAACUUCAACCACAUGGCUAUCCCGAAUGGGAGGGCGGUGUUAACAAAAUGUAUCACGGAAUUCAAAAGUUUGAUCCCAAUGGAGAACGAAUACAUUUAGAAAUGUGGACAGGUGAUACUGUUUUCUUUCAUCCAGUACUUAUUCAUGGUAGUGGAACGAAUAGAACCGAUGGAUUUCGAAAAGCAAUAUCUUGUCAUUAUGCAGGUUCGGAAUGUGAAUAUGUUGAAUGUGGUGAUAUACAAGAUUUAAUAUCGAAAGAAGUUACAGCAAUUUUUAAGAAACGAACUGGAAUUCAAGAAGCACGUUUUGAAGAUGUUUGGCGAGUUAAAAGUCGAUUGGUGAAAGGGGAGCGUAUAAAUCUAUAA